CCGUUUUAUUGUUUCCCUUCGAAACUGAAAGUAGGAAAUUUCCGAAAAUGAGUAAAACUUUUACUUCUAGACCAGGAUUGACAAAUUCUCGGGGCAGAGGAAGGGGUGGUCAGACCAGACAAGUAGAAGCAGUGAACGCGAACAGACUAGACCGUCCGAUUAAUGGUAUGGAGCCGAGAACUGGGGCAAGGGUUGGGCAACCUCGCCUUCAAGCUCAGCCGCCACUUGCUGGUAGAGCGGCAGGCAGAAUGGCGGAUGAAAGACAGACAGAAUUACAGCCAAAUGAUGAAAAUGGAGGACCUGAUAUAGAACGUAGAAUGACAUAUCAAGGUGGAUACAGUGUGAUUGCUCCUAACCAGAGACGAAGAGAACAAAUAAAUCAAGUUGCUCAAAGGGAGACACAAGCAUACCAGCAACAUCUGCAGCAAAAUACCCCCAGCACUUUCAACUACGUAGGGACAGCAGGUGGUGGUCAGGUGACCGAGGGUGCUGCAAGAAGAAGACUGAUCCAGGAGAGUCCUUCUAAAACACAGAAACUGCUGCAGAAGGAAGAGAAAAAAUCAUAUUUCAAACAGAAAGAAGAAGAAGAGUUACAGAAAAAAAAAGAUGAGCAGAGAAAAAAGGCAUUGCAGAAUGAGAGAAGAAAGAAAGAAGAAGAUGAGGCUGCUGACCACAGAUGGGAUAAUCAGAGAAAGGUGGCAAAUGAUGCUUUCCUGAGAAGAUUUGAAAACAAGAGUAAAAAACUUGCUGGUGCAGUCACACAAUCAACAAGCAGACAACCUACACAGAGCACAUCAACACCAGUGAAUUCAGAAAGACUCCAACCAACAGGUGCUGCAAGAAGUGAAGUAUCGGUUGAUAUAGAAACCAGUUCGUUUGAAGACCCACACGAUGGACUCGGUCAAAUGGAAUCGCAAAGGUUGAGGCAGCUGGCAGGAAUAUUUCCACAGUAUUCAGAAUCCGAACUUUUGGAAAUAUUAAAACAGGUUGAAUUCUCAUUAGAUUCAGCCGUGGCUAUUUUACAAGACUGAUCGCCAACGGAGAUGUUGAUAUAUACAUGUAAUUGUUAAAAUAGAAACUGUGAUAAUCGUUACUUAUCUGAAAUGUCAUGUACUAAAUUUGUUUAAAGCUAAUUCUAAAGUUUAUAGUGCCUUGUAAUGCACUUUUAGGAAAUUGUUUUAUAGAUAUGUAUGUAUUCUACAGGCUUGACAAACAAAAUGACAAUGUGUGAUAUACUUAUUGUAUGCAUUGGUAGCUUGUAGGUUCAAAGUUCUUCCUAUUUCUUAUAUUAUUAUGUUCUCCACAGGCUUGAAAAACAAUAUGCCUUAUAUGGAAGUUUGUGAUAUACAGUCUGGGUUAUUUCCCGUAUAUAAAGUCUGCAUAAGAAACCCGUAGGUUCAAACUCCUGUCUAAUGUUAUAUAAUUAUGUACCCCACAGGCUUGAAAAAUCAAUAGGAUAGCCAUUUAUUUAUGGUCUCCGCCGGAAACAGUUUUGUAAGAUGCAUUU